AUGCAAACUAUGUCUGUCCAAGUUGGUUCAGCAGCUCAACCACAAAAUGCUAAGCCAGAUGAAAUUGCUCGUAGGACAGCAAAUUUUCACCCAAGCAUUUGGGGAGAUCAGUUCAUCAAUUAUGAUGAUUCACAAUACUUGAUAACUCACGCUCAUAAGCAAGGACAGGUUGACGAACUGAAAGAAGUUGUGAGGAGGGAAGUAUUCACAACUAGUGCAGGUGAUCUUUCACAUCAGCUCAAACUAAUCGAUGCAAUCCAGCGCCUUGGCGUGGCAUACCAUUUCGAAAGAGAAAUAGAAGAAGCACUGGAACGCAUGCAUAAUACACUUCAUGACCAUGACAGUGAUGAUGAUGGUGAUCUAUACAAUGUUGCUCUUUGUUUUCGACUACUCAGACAACAUGGACAUAAUGUUUCAUGUGAUAUAUUCAACAAGUUCAAAGAUGAAAAUGGUAGCUUCAAGGAAAGCUUAAUUGCUGACGUGUCUGGCAUGCUAAGCUUUUAUGAAGCAACACAUCUGAGGGUGCAUGGAGAAGAUAUACUAGAAGAGGCUCUCACUUUCACCACCACUCACCUUGAGUCCGCAACAACCCCUUUAGAUUUCAAUCUUGUUCAGCCUUUACACAAAAAGGAGCUACAAGAGAUUACUAGGUGGUGGAGAGCACUAGACUUUGAAAGGAAGCUGCCAUUUGCAAGAGAUAGGAUGGUGGAGUUGUACUUUUGGAUAGUGGGAGUGUAUUUUGAGCCUCAGUAUUCUGUGGGGAGAAAAAUUAUGACGAAAGUGAGUGUCUUGCUAACGAUAUUGGAUGAUAUCUACGAUGCAUUUGGCACAUUUGAAGAACUAGUGAUCUUUACCGAAGCAAUUGACAGGUGGGAUCUCAAUUGCAGUAAUGAACUCCCUGACUACAUGAAAAUAUUUUACCAAGCACUCUUGAAUCUUUUCAAUGAAAUUGAGGAGGAGAUGGUCAAGGAAGGAAGAUCAUACCGAGUUCCUUACGCGAUACAAGCUAUGAAAGAUCAAGCUCGAUCCUAUUUCAAUGAGGCCCGGUGGCUCCACGAAGGACGAAUUCCAAGCAUGGAGGAGUAUAUGAGUGUUGCAACGGUUUCUAUAAGUUACACCUUCCUUACAACCAUCUCUUUACUUGGCAUGGGAGAUAUUGUAACGAAGGAGUCAUUUGAGUGGUUGCUCAAUGACCCCAAAAUUGUCAGAGCUGCAAACACCAUUUUCAGGCUCAUGGAUGACAUUGUUUCGACCAACUUUGAGAAAGAAAGAGGGCAUACUGCUUCCAGUGUUGAUUGCUACAUGAAGCAAUAUGGGGUCUCAGAGCAAGAGACAGUUGAUGUUUUUAAGAAACAGAUUAUGGAUUUGUGGAAGGACAUAAACGAGGAGUUUCUCCGACCAACUGCUGUGCCGAUGCCUGUGCUUAAGCGGGUUCUUAAUUUAACACGAGUGGCUGAUCUUCUUUACAAGGGGGAAGAUGGCUUCACACGUGUUGGGAAGGUCACGAAAGAUAGUGUUGCUUCAGUCUGUAUUAAUCCUGUGCCGCUGUGA